UCACAUCAGGAAGUUAUCCUCAAAUGUAAGAAUUGGUGACUUAGUGCUGUCUUUGAUAAACAUGAGGGACACAGUGAGAACCUCAUUAAGGCGGUAAUGCCCAGGCAGGACGCAGAUUGGGACAUGAAUAAUGUAUGCCAGUGGGAGGGGAUAGUUUCGGGCUUGACUCUUGUUAGCUGCGUGCGUCACGUUGUGGAUUGAAGACCAAGGACGUGGUCUGAAUGGAUGUGUAUACUGUCACUGGAGGAAGUUUUACUACACCGAACACCAGAACCAGGCAUGGCUGGGAAGCCUUUCCGAGCCACCUAUAUCUGGGGCAGCAUCAUCUCCAACCUUCACACCCACGUGGAGGUCAAGCGCCGGCGCCACAACCUCAAGUCCUACCAUGACUGCUUCCUGGGAUCAGAUGCUGUGGAUGUGGUCCUGGCUCACAUCACGUUGAACCGUUUUUUUGGUGAAGACAUUGUGCCCCGCUAUAAAGCAGUCCGUCUCUGCCAGGCCCUGAUGGACUCAAGAGUGUUUGAGCCAGUGGGCAUCAAAGUAUUUGGAAAGGAGAAGAAACAGGCCACAUUUGAGGACAGUAGCUUCAGUCUGUACAGGUUCCUGAACCCAACGACUGGUUCCUCUUCUACACCGCUGGCUAACACCAACUCUCACUCCACCAGUACCAUAGAGAGCGGCUAUGACUCACCGAGCAUUAAUAGGAAUAAGAACAGCUACACUCCGUCACGUGAAAGACAAGAGGUGCUGAGCUACACCACCCACUCGCCUGUCAAAACAGACAAAUCACUGGAGGACGUGCUCGGAAACCUCAACCUGAGCUCGACCAUCACCCCUCAAAUGAUCAACCUUGGCCUCUCUCAAGAGCUUGUGGAUGAGGUGUGGCACCAGCAGGCUGUGUUCAGACUUCUGCAGCUUAUAGAGCUCCCCCUGUUGGAGAACUUGUUAGAGGGCAAAAACACAUCUCGGCCUCGCCUGCAUGGCAUGGACAGUGACCCGGACCUGUUGUAUACAUCGAGCUACCUGGACCGAGAGGUCCUUAAGGCCUUCAGCGAGGCACAGGCUGAUGAGUGGAUGACGGGGGCAGUGGACUGCCUGGAGUUUUUGCCCGAUGAGCUGGUGGUGGAGGUCAGUCGAGGUUUGGCUGGUUGUGCUGAGGACCUGUUGCAGUGUAAGAGACUGCUGUAUAAGGUGCUGGCUCAGCAUUACGGACACACGCAGCAGACCCCAUUGCUCAGCAACCACGUGUUUGACAUACACUCAGGCAUCUCAGAGCUACUCGUUAACGGCAAACAAGAGCAGGCUCUGGAGGCCCUGCAGCUGAGCCUGAAGCUGCAGGACUCUCGCAGCAGAGAGGAGCUGCGCAGACUUCUUAGAUUCAUGGCAGUCGCAGCCAAACCACAAGAAGUCAAACUGCACAGAGAGAUUGAGAACAGAAUGGCUGUGAAAAGGUCUUUCUCGAGUGCCAUCGUCUACAGUGGAAGACUUUCGAAAGGAAAGGUUGACUUCAUGGUUCUGUUCAUGAUGGAUAACCACUGCGAUCUGUUUAAAAUUCCUGUUUUAUUGCACAAGAUGGUCAGUGACAGAAUAACAAAUAUUGUGAAAGGAAAGGAUCCAGACAUGAUAGCAGGAUCAACAUUCUGCACAAGAUUGAGUGCACAAGCUUUUACAGAAAACGCACAGAAAACCACCAAAGACGAGCUCUGCUCCUUACUGCAGACCGUCCACGAGAACCCUAAACUCUCCAUCAAAGAGAAGAGACGGCUGUUGGGGCAGUUUUACAAAGGCCAUCCAGAGAUUUUUGUUCAGUACUUUGGAAAUAGAUUAUCCACUAUCAACAUGUUGUUACAGUAAUAUUUAUUAAGUUUAAUGUGUCAUGUAUCAUGAUGUAAAAAGAUAUAGGAACGAGAGCUAAUGUGAUGUGAAUAAUGUGCUUCAUAGGAAGUAGAUUUUAUUUGCUUUGUUGUAAAAAGUUUAGACUACUGAAGAAUAAUGUGAAUUUGAAUUGUAGAGAUGUAUUUAAGGAUAUGUCUUACAUAUUUACUUUGGUGCAGGGCGCUAAUAGGACAAUCCCUUGUUUGUUAAAUAUGAGACUGUUACUUUCUUUGACUGACAAAAUGACCCUAAAGUUCUUUCCUCAUUGCUUUGCAUUGCUUGAUGGAGUUUUGUUCCGCAUACAGCUUUUAAAUGGCUGUCUUGUGCUCGGGCAAUAGGAACAGUGUUAGCAAUAGAAAAUCUGUCUGUUCAUGUGGUUUCCAUGUACAGAGUGAUGCACAGUGGAGCUAUGUCUGAGAAACCAGAAACCGGAUAUUUGAACCUGGACAUUUGAAAGUCUGAUGUUGUGCUAUUGUAAACAGUCAGAGGCAUUCAUGAGAGUCAGCCCCCUGGGUUUUUGUGUUUGUAGCAACCAAUCAGCAAAACAGAUGUUUAUAUGUUUUUUUUCCUUAUUUUGUUCUGGACUGAAAACCUUGGCUGCGUUUUAGUGGCAUCUUCAGGGUUCUGUUUUUAAAUGAGGUCUGUGUGCUUCUUUUAAUCAGCUGUGGAAAUCACUUCCACAUUUCCUGGUGAUGAAAGCACUACAAGACUAAGUUUAAGCCACACGCAUCUUGUUUGUGUUUUGUCAGGUCUGCUGAAAAUUCAAACAUAAUUGACCAGUCAUUUAUGUUUCAUUACCAUCUCAAAAUGUGUGAUGUCUGAUUUAAAAUAUAUUGAAUGACAUCUGGUAUGUCAAGUGAUGUAUCCACAGGACACACAAAUAUUAAAGUUUGAGGCGCAAUGA